AUGUUUACCCUUCCUUUAUUCUUGGUCGCUGGCGGCCUUUUCACUCUUUCUAUGGGAGCUCCCAUUGAACAGCGUACUACAAGUUCUUACACUGUUUACUCUGGUGAUGGAGAUACUUCAGUUGGAUGGCCAACUGAGAGUGAUUGGAUUUCGAGUUUCGAUACCAUGUUCGAUAAUCAAAACAGUGUUUUGAAAGCUUCAUGUACCCAAUUCGGUGUCGACAACAACUCCGAUGAUGAGAUCUCUGAUCUCAAAUCCGCCAUCUCUGAAGUUGCCGAGACUACUGGUAUUGAUUCUCGUUUCAUUCUUGCUAUCGUCAUGCAAGAAUCCAAUGGAUGUGUUCGAGCUCCAACAACUGUCUAUUCCAUCUCUAACCCAGGACUUAUGCAAUCUCACGAAGGAUCUGGCUCUUGCAAUAGCGGCUCUUCUGUUCAAAAUCCUUGUCCAAAGAGCGAAAUGGUUCAAAUGAUUACCGAUGGAACAGCCGGUACUUCAUCCGGUGACGGACUCGCUCAAUGUCUUAAGGAGAGUGCUGCUACCGAUGUUUCAAAAUAUUACAAGGCAGCUAGAAUUUAUAAUUCUGGUUCGAUCGACUCAUCUGGAAAUCUUGGAGAUGGAGUAGCAACUCAUUGUUACGCAACUGAUGUUGCCAAUCGUCUUACAGGAUGGUUUACUGGAACUUCUUCGUGUGAUAGCGCUACCAUUGGUUCAUUGACUGGUGGAGCUGCUUCUGCUGGUUCCAGCGCAGUUAGCUCUGUGGUUUCGGUUGCAAGUUCGGUGGUUAGCUCUGUGCUCUCUGAAGCUACUUCGAUAUUGUCUGUUCCUACCUCUGCUUACGCAGUUCCAACAUAUGUUUCUAUCGGAGGUAUAUUUGCUCAAGCAGGUACUUCAUCCUCAUCUUCUUCCGUCGUCGCAACAGUUACUUCCGCCGUUUCUGUCCCAACAGCCGCUUCAUCCUCUUAUUCAUCUUCUUCUAUCACUGCAGCCAUUACCUCCGCUGUAGCCACCUCUGCAAUCCCUAUCCCAAUAAUCGCUUCCUCAAACUCCACCUCCGCACUCACAACCUCAAUCCCCACUCCUUCUCUCCCCGCAACCGUCACCACCGCCACCAUUUCCCCCACCUCCUCCAUCGCCAUCACCUACCCCUCCGCAUCUUCCUCCUCUUCAAACAGCACCACCCACACCCCCGGAACCGAAUGUGCCACUUCCGGCACAUGGAAUUGCAUCGACGGAACAACUUUCCAACAAUGUUCAUCGGGUACUUGGUCGAGUGUUGGAGGAUUAGCUGCAGGGACGCAGUGUACCGUGGGCGAGGGUGAUAUCAUCAAUAUCUUUGCUACAAAUUCUGAACGUAAGAGAAGUUUGGGAGUUGGAGCGGAGAGGAGAGGGAUGAGACACACUCAUAUGCAUGGGUUUAAGAGAAAUGUUUUGUAG